AUGAGAUACCAACUGUUCGCCUCGCUGAGUGCGACCAUUGUUGGGAUCGCUGCUACCGUCUCCGCUAGCCCACUCGUGAAGCGCGAUAACUCAUGCCCAUCUGGGUACACGCCGAGCGUCUAUUAUGAGACUGUGGCUAUCACGUUUGCUACCACACCAACUCCGGCACCUGUCAAGACUACGGAAGUCCCUAUCACCAGUGCUCACAUUGAAACUUCUACUACUGCGGGCGACGAUGCUGCAUCGACUCCUCAGGCUCAGGUGUCCUCAUCUGUGACCUCUGUCCCUGAGUCCACCACUGUUCAAAGUCUAGAGCAUACCAGUGUUGUUGUUGCUGCUACAUCCACCUUAAAAGCUCCCCAAGAGCCCACCACUACCACUACCGUGGCCCCAGUUGAGCCUUCCACAACCGCACCCGUCCAAAAGGUCCAAGAACAGGCCAGCACUUCAACAUCCAUCAUCGAGGCCUCUACUUCUUCCACCUCCUCGACAUCUGCCACCACUUCAGUAUCACCGUCUUCCAGCUCAUCCAGCUCCUCGUCCAGUGAAACCGCCGGAACAGCCACCUACUACGGCGGUAACCUCUCGGGCGGAGCCUGCUCCUUCUCCGACUACACAUUGCCCAGCAGCCUUUUUGGUACCGCAAUCUCAGGUGACCAGUGGAGCGACUCCGCGAACUGCGGUGCAUGCGUUGCUGUCAAGGGACCCAACGGUAAAACUAUCAAGGCAAUGAUUGUCGAUGAAUGUCCAGGCUGUGAAGCAAACCACUUCGAUCUAUUCGAGAACGCUUUCGGUGAGAUUGCUGAAAUUUCAGCCGGUGUCAUCGAUAUCGAUUGGGAGUUCACCUCCUGUGACCUCUCUGGACCCUUGAAGCUACGCAACAAAUCCGGAACAUCGGAAUACUGGUUCUCCAUGCAGGUUGUUAAUGCUAAUGAGCCUGUUACUGCGCUCGAGGCUAGCACUGAUGGCGGUAGCACCUGGACAUCUACUACUCGUACAUCUUACAACUACUUUGAGUAUAGUUCUGGCUUUGGCACGGACACCGUUGAUGUGCGGGUGACGGGUGAGAGUGGAAACACUGUGAUCGUGAAGAAUGUUUCGGCUUCUUCUACCUCAGACGUUACUGCUAGCUCCAACCUGUAA